GUAUUUGGUCUUGAAAUGACUUUAGACACCUCUGUUCUCUCUGCAGAGUCUCAUCUUCUGAAGAGGAUGUCCUCCAGAAACGUGCAGCGUGGCAUUAGACACUCUUCAGACUCAGACAGUUUCCCGCACAUUGGCUCGGGCGAUUACACGCACAGCUCUGUAGCUGAUUGUUCUCUGCUGAUGUCCGUCUCUGAGGAGGAUCUGCGCACAGAACUGUCUCUGCUGGGAUUCCCGGCCAUUCCCAGGCACAGACUCCUGCAGUUUAAGGAAGAUCUGGAGCAGCUGAUGAGGAGCCGGGAAGGGUCGGAGACACGCUCCGGGAACUCGGCACAGUCUGAGAAGGAGAAUAUACGAUCUUCAUCACUUGGACAAGUCUUCUCCGAUUGGGACAAGCUGUCUGCCUGGCCUACGAAUGCCUCGAGUUCCAGGCAGGGGCCCCUCAGCCAGGGUCAGCCGGAUUCCUAUAGCAGACACACCGUCAGUCUGGGGCAGGAAAGGAGAAGAGCCCCGGGCAUCACUCGCAAAGUCCUGCGCAGGAGAAGUAACGGGCAGGCCGAGGUGUGCGAUGAGUCCACCUUGUCUAGUGAGGUGGAGACCUGUGAGGAAGAAAGUCUCUCUGGAACAUCGCUGGAUGAGGAACGCAGAAUCCAGUCUAGGCGGUCACCUACCUUAUCGGCGGACUGUGUCAAAUCGUUCAUCCGUGUGCCGCCAUACUCCCUGCUGGAUCAGUACAGACAACACUCCGACCCGGUGAGCCGCUUCCAUGAAUAUAAGCAGAGCUGGUCCGCCGUACAGAGAGUACUGGAGCGCAGCCGGAAGGAGGUGCGCUGGGGCGUCCGUGAGAGGAUGAUGUCGGCUCCGCCCGCACCUCUUCCACGACCCCUCCCAGCACCAAACACCUACGUCAUCCCUACCGAUAAGAAGAGGUACGGCCUACGCUGGGCCAUCCGCCAAGACCUGGUGAACGGCAAUAUCCCACGUGGCGGUAACUCCUGAUACCGCGCAUGCUCAGAGACUUUCUUAUUGUGUGCUUUGUGUGUUUAUAAUAAAUUCUCUUUAUUUCACUUUUA